AUGUCACUCAAUUACGAUGCUGUUCCAUUCGAAAUGAAUCCAUAUCAAACAUAUAUUAACUCAAAUUAUGGAAAUGGAUUUUUUCAACAACAAUAUAACGAUGGAAUUAUUUUAACAACGCCCAAACCUGAUUGGAAUCAAAUGAUUUUGUCAAAUUUUCAAAAGAAUUUUUAUAUAGAAUCACCUUUAGUUCAAAAUCGAUCUGUGACGGAUAUUCAACAGUUUUUAACCAAAAAUCAGAUAACAAUCGAUGGUAAUGCACCACGGCCAUUACUUAAUUUCGAUGAAGCUAAUUUUCCUGAACCAGUUAUGGAAACGAUAUUUCAAUCCGGCUUUCAAAAGCCAACACUCAUCCAAUCAUGUUCUUGGCCAAUAUUAUUAUCUGGCCUUGAUCUUAUUGGUAUUGCAUUAACCGGUUCAGGAAAAACAUUAGCAUUUAUUUUACCAGCAAUUAUUCAUGCUAGUCAUCAAGAAUUUGUUCGACCUGGCGAAGGACCUAUUGUUCUUAUCAUGGCACCAACACGUGAAUUAGUACAGCAAAUUUAUUCGGUUGCAAAUCAAUUUGGAAAAUUAGCACAAUGUAGAACAACAGUCAUUUUUGGUGGAGCACCAAAAGAGUCACAACGAAAUGCAUUGCUAAGCGGUGUUGAAGUAGUUAUUGGUACACCUGGCCGUUUGUUGGAUUUUAUUCAAGAAGGCGCUUUAAAACUCGAUCGUAUAACUUUUCUCGUGUUGGAUGAAGCCGAUCGUAUGCUUGACAUGGGUUUUGAACCACAAAUUCGUCAGAUAUGCGAGCGUAUUCGUUCAGAUCGUCAAACAACUAUGUUCAGUGCCACGUGGCCAAAAGAAGUUCGAAAAUUAGCCGAUUCAUUUCUGUCAACUAAUCGUGUUCAUGUGACAAUCGGAAAUGUUAUCUUAGCUGCAAAUCCAAGUAUUUGUCAGAUAAUUGAAGUGUGUACAGAAUCUCAAAAGCAAAAUCGAUUUAUAGAAAUACUUCAACAAAUAAUGUCAUUACACAAUGGUAAAACACUUGUUUUUUGUCAAACGAAACGACGUGUCAAUGAACUUUAUCUUGUGACAAAACAAAUGGGUUUUCCGGUUCUUUACAUACAUGGUGAUAAGCAACAAUCACAACGCGAUUUUACUAUGAAUGAAUUUCGUCGACGACAAAAAAUUAUUUUAAUUGCAACUGAUGUUGCUGCACGUGGUAUCGAUAUUCAAGAUAUUCAAUUUGUUAUCAACAUUGAUUUUCCAAAUCAAACUGAAGAUUAUAUUCAUCGUAUUGGUCGAACAGGACGAAAUACAGAAGCAUUUGGAACUUCGUAUACUUUUUUUACAUCUGACAAUGCUAAACAAGCACCUAGUCUUGUUCGAGUUUUACAAGAAGCUGGACAAAAUGUUAAUCAAGAUCUAAUGGAAAUGGCUCAAGAUCAAAGUUCUACAGCUAAUUUCAAACAUGGAUCAAAAAACCGACCGUGUCUUAAUCAACAGAGGAUGCCAUUUCAACCAUCGACAAAUAACAUCAACUCUUACCCUGUUCAUCAACCAGUUGAAUACAUUCCAUCGAUGCCACAACAACUAAGCUAUAUUACACCUCUUAUGUACAACCCAUUUUAG